UUAACAUGUCGUCUAAGCAAGUUUCCAGUAACACUCUUCUUCAGGAGAAGCUCGUGCUUAACCCAUUUGAUGUCAAUGACGAUCAGAUGUUGGAGAAAAUAUACAUGACUCAUUACCAUUGUGUUGAGAAGUACGACGUUGGAUCUCUUCACAGUAUUGCUUCAAAAGUUAUCGACCACUCAAUUGAAAUUGCUCAUUCGAUCAAGCAGAAUGGGGAACAAAAUGAACAAGUCAGAGAAGAAAAGGAUACAUUAAUAUCUUGCCCUCGAUUCCCUACCUUGAAGCGAAUUUCUUGCCAGAUGAUUUGCACGGGUCGUGGAGAGCAAUAUGCCCAUCAAACAACGAUGUUGAUCCUUGAACAGCUGAGAGAGUAUUCCUGGGAUGCAAAAGCAGUGAUAGCUCUGGCGGCGUUUGCUCUUGAGUAUGGCAAGUUUUGGCAACUCGUCCCCAUUCCACGCGACAAACUUGGAAAAUCAUUGGCAGAGUUGAAUGGACUUCAUAGCAUCAUGGAAAACAUGCAGCAGCUAGAUCACUUCAACAAUUUGGUGAAGAAGGUUAUGGAAGUAGUUAAAUGCAUCACUCAUUGGAAGAAGCUCAUUACUGGAGACUAUAACGUAAAAGAUGUUCCUGCUUUGACCGACACUUUGCAUGAGAUUCCUGUUCUUGCGUACUGGACCAUUAUUACCUUGGUCACUUGUACAAGCCACAUUGAUUUCUUGGGUGACAAGGGAUACAGAUAUGACUUAUCCAAAUUUGACUAUAAGUUGGACUACAUUCUCAAAAAUUUCAAGGAGCAUCAGGAUAAGUGCAACACACAAAUAGAGCGAAUAAAAGAUUAUUCAAAGCGGAAGGAUAUUAUCAACAAUUCAACUGAAACUGACAUUGUAAAAUAUUUGGAAGCUCUUAUUAUCCCCGUUGAUCCUCAGGAUCCAAGACCAGUAGUGUAUAAUGUUCUUGCCCAAAAAGAGGCUGGAAUUGGAGUAUUCAAGAACAAGUAUGUCUUGUUGUUUAUUUCGGGCACUGACAACAUUGACUAUGAGACUCAGCUUUUGAUAUCAAUUGAUGUGAAAUUGAGGGAAGAGCCUAAAGAGGUUGAAGGUUACAGAAAAGAGGAUUUCAGUAUUUUGUGGAUCCCCAUUGUGAGUGUUUGGGAUGAAGAGCAAAGGAAAAAGGUAGAAAAUAUUUCUGAGGUUGGGUGGUACGUAGUGAAGGAAUUCAAAUUCAAAACAGGUAUUGAUCUUAUCAAAGAGGUAUUCAACUACAAGGGUAACCCCAUUAUCUUGCUGAUUAGUCCUCAGGGUAAAGUGGAAAACCAUGAUGCAAAACAAAUUAUUUCCACAUGGGGGAUUGAGGGAUUCCCUUUCAGAACCUCUGACCAUAUUCGACUUACUCAGCAAUGGAACUGGUUUUGGACUGAAAUAAAGAACCUCAGUUCAACAAUAAGGGAAUUGAUCAACAGGGACUGUUACAUCUUCAUUUAUGGAGGUACCAACAGCAAGUGGAUUGAAAAUUUCAGCUCAGCUGUGGAGAAAUUGAAAAAUAGUGGAACUUUCAGCCUAGUGGAAACCACGAUUGAGUCCUAUAAAUUGGGAAGUGAGAGCCCCAAGAACGUUCCACGCUUCUGGAUCACCAUAGACAACAUGCUUGCUAGCAGGAAACGAAUAAAGAAGGGUGAUGCAGAAGUGGAAGACUCCACAACAAGAGAGAUUAAGAAUUUGUUGUCCCUCAAACAAGAUCCUAAUGGAUGGGCCAUUCUUACAAAAGGGUCUCACGUGAAGCUUCUAGGUUUUGGUGAUGCUAUGCUUAGAACUGUCAUGGACUUGGAAAUUUGGAAAGAAAAAUUGGACCAUGAAGUGAGCUUUGAUGUAGCUUUCAAGGAUUAUUACGAGAAAUGCGAGUUUAAGAGUGUUCCUAAAAAAUGUGAACAUAGGGAAUUUGCUAAUUAUCCCACGGAUAUUCUAGCUCACUUACCAUGUCCAAAUAAGAAGUGUGGACAUGAAAUGGGAGUAGCUUCUGUUAAAUACAAAUGUUGCCAUGGUCUUGAAACUGGUGACAUUGCCUAAGACAAAAUGCAUGCAUUAAAUAACUCUCACUCACAGUGGCUUAAAUUUGGUUUCGUUUCAUGCAUUAGACUUCCUUGAGUUUGGCUUAAAUUUGCUUUAGUACAUAUCCAUUUUUAUGCCUUUUGUCUUAGGUGUGUAUUAUUAUUUAUUGAGUGAAUUGUUUCGAAAGAAUAACUGGUUGUGCACAAUCAUGUUAAAUCCCUUCUUGCUACCCAAGCUCUUUCGUUCAGUUAAAUAUAU